AUGGGUCUCGUAACUAUCCUCGCGACCUCCACCUUCCUCGUCUUCUUCCUCAGGGUGGCAUGGGUAACCAUUUCCUGCUACUACGUCACCCCAAGGAGGAUCAAGAGGGUCAUGGCAAACCAGGGAGUCCGCGGCCCGGAGCCCCGCUUCCUCGUCGGGAACCUCCUCGACGUGGCCGCCCUCCUCUCCAAGACGACCUCCAGCAACAUGACCUCCGUUGAUCACGACAUCGUCGGCCGCCUUCUCCCCCACUACGUUCUCUGGUCCAAACAAUAUGGUAGAAAAAUGUGUUGAUCUUCAUCUCCUUGCCCUUCCUGUUCUUCUUUAUCAACAAUUAACGAGAGAUGGGGUUUUGGUUGGUCAGGGAAGAGGUUUAUUUUCUGGUACGGGAGCGAGCCGAGGAUGUGUCUGACGGAGACGGAGAUGAUAAAGGAGCUGCUGUCGUCGAAGUACACCCACGCCUCUGGCAAGUCGUGGCUGCAGCAGCAAGGUUCGAAACACUUUAUUGGCCGGGGGCUGCUGAUGGCCAACGGUGACGACUGGUUCCACCAACGCCAUAUCGUAGCCCCGGCGUUCAUGGGCGACAAGCUAAAGGUAACUUACUAGUAGAUUAUUACUUCCCACGGCUUCUCCACAGAAGGGCUUCACUUUCUAACUUCGGGAUGAGCAGAGCCAUGUGGGGUACAUGGUGGAGUGCACCAAGAAGACGAUCGAGGCCCUGCAUGUGGCGGCCGAGUCGGGACUCAGUGAGGUGGAGAUCGGUGGGUACCUGACUCAGCUCACUGGGGAUAUCAUCGCGCGGACGGAGUUCGACAGCAGCUACGAGAAGGGGAAGAAGAUAUUCCACCUCCUCACCUGCUUGCAGGCCCUCACGGCUCAAUCGAGCCGUCAUUUGUGCUUCCCCGGCAGCCGGUGAGUCUCCGUUUCUCAUUUCUAAACUCGUCUUUCUUCGUACACUGUGUUGGGACGGGAAUAACGACGGCCAGUGAUCAAUGGGUGAGACAGGUUCUUUCCUAGCAAGUUCAGGAGGGAGAUCAAGAACUUGAAGAUGGAGGUGGAAAGGCUGAUGAUGGAGAUCGUACAGAGCCGGAGGGAAUGUGUGGAGGUGGGGAGAACCUCCUCGUACGGGAACGAUCUGCUGGGGAUGUUGCUAGCGGAGAGUCAGAAAAAGAGGGACGGCUUCAGCUUCACCCUCCAACUCCUCAUGGACGAGUGCAAGACCUUCUUCUUCGCCGGCCACGAGACCACGGCACUUCUCCUCACCUGGACCGUGAUGCUCCUCGCUACCAAUCCCAAGUGGCAGGAAAAGGUCCGCGCAGAGGUGCUUAGCGUCUGCGGCGGCGCAUCCCCCUCCACUGACCACUUCUCCAAGCUCCCCCUGGUAGGUCUUUGAAUCCACACCAUUGAUAUUUGAUUAUGAUUAGAUCUUUCCGAUCCGACGGCAGGAUCAUCUUCUUCUUCAUUUCCGUAACGCCAGUUCCAGAAUGGGCAAGUGAGGAUUCUGCUCGUCGGAGGGGCGAUUCGUUGGACAGGUGUCCUUCCUCUGUGGGCGACAGAGUUUAUUACAGUAGUUGCACUCGAAAAUCAGUACAGUAUAAAAUAUUUCCAUCAUCGAAGACGACGAGCUCCUCGUUUCUUGUUUAAUGGGGGGGGAGAGGGGAAGGAGUGUUGGCCACAGCUAGAUACCACCACCUUGUUCACGGUUGAUAUCCGAGAAAGGCUGGAGAAUAUAAAACUCUGCCCUUCCUCGCCCGUUACCCUUUAUCCACCGCCGCCAUGGCUAUCUAUCCUCUUCCUCCCAGAGAAGGUGAACUUUCUGGAGGUAGAGAAGAAGGUGGUGGGCGAUGGUGAAUGGGGAGGGACACGGGACGCUCACAUAUUCACUGUUAGUUCCACUGGUGGCUGGCGAGACGUCAAAUCGGCGCGUUUCUGCGGCCAGGAUAGAAAGCUGCGCAUGUCACUGAAGAACCCACUGACAGAAACGGCGUUAAUAAGAAUUUGAUGCUUCUGGUCGCAGCUGAACAUGGUGAUCAACGAGUCGCUGCGGCUGUACCCGCCGGCGUCGCUCCUGCCGAGGAUGGUUUUUGAGGACAUCAAGCUGGGCGACCUCCACAUUCCCAAGGGACUCUCAAUAUGGAUACCUGUCCUGGCGAUCCACCACAGCGAGGAGCUAUGGGGGAAGGACGUGAACGAGUUCAACCCGGAGCGCUUCGCCGGGAAGCCCUUCUCGCAGCUCCGACACUUCAUGCCUUUCGCUGCGGGCCCACGCAACUGCAUCGGGCAGUCCUUCGCAUUGAUGGAGGCCAAGAUCAUCCUCGCCAUGCUACUGUCCCACUUCAGCUUCACCAUCUCGCCGAACUACCGGCACGCGCCAGUCAACGUCCUCACCCUCAAGCCUAAACAUGGGGUCCUGGUCAAGCUGAAACCUCUGCGACUCUGA